AUGAUGGAAACAUUGGUGACGUUCCUCCUCACUGGAUCUCUGAUACAAGGUGUUUUUUGUGGCUUCAGUAUCAAUCUGCCGCUGAGAGUAGAAGCUCUACAUGGAUCCUGUGUUUUCAUACCCUGCACAUUUGACAUCGAUCAACAGUUUAACGGUUACCUCACUGAUCGUGCAAAGAGAAUAUGGUUUAAGGGUGUAACACCAGUGUUUGUCUCCAGCAGCCCCAACACUGGACUGUUAAAAGGAGAAAUAUUUGGCACUGCUACACAGAAAAACUGCACCACACGCUUCGAUAAUGUCAGUCAGAGUCAUAAUGGGUCAUAUUACUUCAGACUUGAAGAUGAUAAAGUGCGGUAUAACUACAGAGAACCUACACACUCCCAAGUUCAAAUUGCCGUCUUAGGAUCUCCACCCAAACCCACACUGAGGGUCUUUAAGGAUCAGCAGGAGGUGAUGAAGAUGGUGGAGGUGAUGGAGGGAAGUUCAGUGAGUCUGCGCUGCUCUACUAAGAUCUUCUGUCCGUCUCGUCCACCAUCUCUCAGAUGGAGCUCAUCUCUCAAUGAGAACGUCACAGAACAGCAGUAUCAGAACCAAACUGAGCUCAUCUCUGAUCUGAACUUCACUGUUUCUCACCGUCAUCAUAGAGUCACUUUCACCUGCACUGCAACACACCAGCUACAGCAGCCGAGCACAACACAAGAGUCCCGGAUGCUACUAGUUCAGUAUGCUCCUAAAAACACAUCGGUGAGGAUAAAUCCAGCUGGUUUAGUUCUAGAGGGUGGUUCAGUGACUCUGAGCUGCAGCAGUGAUGCAAACCCAGCAGUGAACUACACCUGGUACAGAGACAUUGAAAGACCUCUGAAUCCAGUUCAGACCGGACCAAACCUGACCAUCAAUAAUACAGACUCGACACACAUUCAGACCGGACCAAACCUGACCAUCAACAACACCGAUCCGACAGACAGCGGAAGAUACUACUGUAGAGCGGAGAACAAACACGGCACACAGAAGACAUCAGCGCUUCUGGACAUCCAGUAUGCUCCUAAAAACACAUCCGCACAUGUAAAUCCAGCUGGUUUAGUUCUAGAGGGUGGUUCAGUGACUCUGAGCUGCAGCAGUGAUGCAAACCCAGCAGUGAACUACACCUGGUACAGAGACACGGAAAGACCUCUGAAUCUAGUUCAGACCGGACCAAACCUGACCAUCAAUAAUACAGACUCGACACACAGUGGACAAUACUACUGUAGAGCUGAGAACACACACGGCACUCAGAACACAUCAGUGCUGCUGGACGUCCAGUUGACUCUGAGCUGCAGCAGUGAUGCAAACCCAGCAGUGAACUACACCUGGUACAGAGACACUGAAAGACCUCUGAAUCUAGUUCAGACCGGACCAAACCUGACCAUCAACAACACCGAUCCGACAGACAGCGGAAGAUACUACUGUAGAGCGGAGAACAAACACGGCACACAGAAGACAUCAGCGCUUCUGGACAUCCAGUAUGCUCCUAAAAACACAUCCGCACAUGUAAAUCCAGCUGGUUUAGUUCUAGAGGGUGGUUCAGUGACUCUGAGCUGCAGCAGUGAUGCAAACCCAGCAGUGAACUACACCUGGUACAGAGACAUUGAAAGACCUCUGAAUCCAGUUCAGACCGGACCAAACCUGACCAUCAAUAAUACAGACUCGACACACAGUGGACAAUACUACUGUAGAGCUGAGAACACACACGGCACUCAGAACACAUCAGUGCUGCUGGACGUCCAGUUUGCGCCCAACAUCUCCAGCUCGUGUAGCCGAAACAGCGUAAUGGCGUGUGUCUGUGAGGCUCAUGGGAAUCCCUGCCCUACACUAGAGUGGCGUCUGUCUGGACAUGUGCUCGCUAACUCUACAGAACCCUCCAUCAGUGAGGAGACGUUAGGAAGCACAGGAGUGAAGAGCAUCCUGACCAUCCAUCAGUCCCUCACGGACACGGACAUCCUGCAGUGUUUCAGCGCAAACAUUUACGGCAGCGCAAGUCAACAGUUUCAGGCCAUCCCACCGCCACAAAAGACAAUGCUGCUCGGAGCUGCUGUCGGUGUGUUACUGAUGAUGAUUGUGUGCAUCGUGAUGCUCUGCUGUGAACGAAAAAGGAAAGAAAAACCUUUAGAAACCAGACAAGAUGACACAUCUGGACUCAUUCUGACUCAAGCAGCCAUUGCUCUGGAUAAUGACGGUCAGUUUGUUUAUGCCAAUAACGGCAUGCUGUCAUCCACUGCACCGAGUGCAACUGAAUCUCUUCAUUAUUCCUCCAUCGACUUCAUAAACGCUGAACCACCACCAGGGGAGAUCAGGGGCAUCGCCUCACUGACCAGUGAAUACGCUGCGGUCCAACACCGUCCUGCAGGAGACGCAGACGCAGAGAACAACACCUCAACAUCUGAGACAGAGCCCAAAAAAUAA